AUGUCACUUAAUAUUAAGAAAAAUUGUCUGCCUUCACAACAUCCUGAUAUUGCAAUGACAUUUACGAAUAUUGGUCUCAUUUAUGAAAGUAAAACAGAAUGGCAACAAGCAGUCUUAUAUCUCGAAAAAGCAGUUAAUAUUUACCGUCAUGUACUCUAUCCUAAUCAUCCGAUUUUAAUUAAAGUCGAACCACUUCUUGCACGUGUUUCUUCGAAAUCUAAAAUGACAUAA